GAGAUCUGGCGAUAGCGACAACAACAACCAGCUAUUAUGUAUCUACUUUGCACCGCCGAUUGAUUAUGAUCUGCGCCGAUGUCCGGCUCGAAUGACUUCCGACCAUACUUUUUAUGCUCUCAGUAAUCUUUAAAUAAUUCAUCCGAGGCAGGAAGAGUGAACUCUUUUCGAGCCCCGCCAACCCUCCUGACAGGCGCAUCUCCGUCUAUCUACUUCCUGAUGGCUUCACAUCUUCCUUCUCUCCGACAGAGGCAAAUUGCUUCUAUUGAGAAGAUCCUAAAUCUGAACCAUGAAGCGCCUCACCAGAAUGACUUCCACAGCGACGCUGUUGGCCCUACUGGCCUAAUACACUCCACUCCAAUACUCAAUGAAGAUGGCGAUCCCAUAUGGAAAGUGUUGGUGUUUGAUAACUUGGGCCGUGAUGUUAUAAGCAGCGUUUUGCGAGUCAACGAUCUUCGAACAUGGGGUGUCACAAUCCAUCUAAAUAUCAAAAGUCUUCGAUGUCCAAUUCCCGACGUUCCUGUGAUAUACUUUGUUGAGCCAACUCCGGAGAACAUAAAGCUUAUAACCUCAGACUUAGAAAGAGAUAUCUACUCGCCUGCAUACGUGAACUUUAUAUCGUCGGUUCCACGACCACUCCUAGAGGACUUUGCCUCUCAAAUAGCCUCCACGGAAACAUCAGAAAAGGUUGCCCAGGUUUACGAUCAGUAUUUGAAUUUUAUCGUUUCGGAGCCGGAUUUGUUCAGUUUGGGAAUGGGGAAAGAUAUGUACUGGAAAAUAAACAGCACCCAAACCACAGAUGAGGAAUUGGAUAACAUGAUAGACAGAAUUGUGAGUGGUUUGUUUAGCGUCAGUGUCACUAUGGGCUCCAUUCCGAUAAUCAGAUGUCCGAAAGGAGGAGCAUCCGAGCUAAUUGCGACUAAACUCGAUCGCAAACUGAGGGACCACAUAUUAAAUUCCAAAGAUAACUUGUUCUCUAGCUCCUCCCAACGGCACGGUGCUGGGGCCCCAUCAAGUCGUCCUGUUCUGAUCAUCGUCGACCGUAACGUGGACCUGGUGCCCAUGCUCUCCCAUUCCUGGACUUACCAAUCACUGGUCCAUGAUGUCUUAAAAAUGCAUCUCAACCGUAUCACGGUUGAGGUACCGGUCGACGACUCGAACCCCACAAAGGGUACAACCAAACGUUCAUAUGAUUUGAGUGUGAACGAUUUCUUUUGGAACCGCAACGCAAGCGUCCCUUUCCCGCAGGUGGCCGAAGACAUUGACGCCGAAUUAACGCGGUACAAAGAAGACGCGGCCGAUAUAACGAGAAAGACAGGCGCUUCUUCCAUCGAAGAUCUUCAAAACGACACCAGCGCAUCGGCCCAACACCUCAAGGCAGCUAUCACACUCUUGCCAGAGCUACGGGAGCGGAAGGCACUCCUCGACAUGCACAUGAACAUCGCCACUGCUCUCCUCAAAGGAAUUAAGGAUCGACAAUUAGAUAAUUUCUUCCAGCUCGAGGAAAAUAUUACGAAGCAGAAUAAAUCGCAAAUUCUUGAAAUAUUAUCCAAGCCUGACGGGGGCACAAAUCCAUUGGACAAGCUGAGGUUCUUCUUAAUUUGGUUCUUAAGCACAGAGACAGACCUCUCCAGAACAGAACUGAACCGCUUUGAAGAGGUACUCAUGCAGGCCGGAUGUACCGACAUUAGCGCAGUUGCAUUCGUAAAAAGGGUCAGAGAAAUAACUCGGAUGACAAUGAUGACAACCGCUACCACCGCAACCACCCAACAACCUUCCUCCGACCUCUUCCGCGGUUUCUCUUCUCUCUCAAACCGUCUUACAGACCGCAUCACCUCCGGCGCCCUUGGCGCGAAUUUCGACUCCCUAAUAUCCGGCGUAAAGAACUUCCUCCCUGUAAACAAAGACCUAACUCUAACGAAAAUCACGGAAUCGAUCAUGGAUCCCGCGGGCGCAUCAAGUUCCGCGAUUGCAAUGACAGAGAAUUACCUCUAUUUCGACCCACGCAGCGCAAAUGCACGAGGCGCCGUCCCACCGGCGGCCUCGACCCGAAACCAGCAAGGUGGGAGUAGCAUGCCCGGCGCACUUGGCGGUACCGCACCAGGUACUGGUGCCAGCUUCGGCCAACGGCGACAGGGAUUCAGCGAGGCAAUCGUAUUCACGGUGGGCGGUGGGAGCAUGGAUGAAUAUGGCAAUCUUCAAGAUUGGGCACAUCGAACAGGGGGCGGUUCCCUAGCCGGCGGCGGUGGGCUGGGUGGCUCUUCGGGCCCGGCUGGUGGGGUCAGCGCUGGAGGUGGAUCAGGGGUAUCUGACGCGAUGUCAAGACGAAUUGUAUAUGGGAGCACGGAUCUAGUUAAUGCGACAGAGUUCUUGACUGAGGCGUUAGGCAAGCUUGGGAAAGAAAGCUGAUUUCUAAUACAAUGUUUUCUCAUUUUUUUUUAUAAUAUAUUGUUACCUCCCUCCAGCCUGAUAUAGUGCUCCCUUCUGAGAAUGUAUCACUCAGCACACACUUACCUGUCAUCUCGUGUACGGCGCUAAAGGGUGAUUUUUUAUUCGAAGAGGCGUUUUUGAUCUUUUAGCGACCUAUUCAAACGACUUGAGAAAUCGGUCUCAUUUACUAAAUAUCAGAAUGUGCAGCGUCUACAGGUAAUGCCACAUCAUAUAAUGUUAUUAUGGAGUUUGCAUCCCGCUUCCGAGUUUACAGUCAUGUUAUCAUGCUGCAAUAUCUUAUUCUUGACUAACCCUAACUUCCUACGCG